CAUUUCCCCAUAGACACGCAUAGGAAUUUUGCUCUUCCUACGCACCCCAUUUAAUUUGGUCCUUUCGUGAGCCAUUAGAAUGGGAUCGAUGGGCGGUGCAGGGGAAAGAGAUGAGGCCAUGGUGAGGGUGAAGGUCAGCAAGAGAGAAGUGGUAGCAGCGGUGCUGCCCUUGCAGGAGCAUUGGCUUCCGCUCUCUAACCUCGACCUGCUGUUGCCUCCAGUGGAUGUGAGCGUCUUCUUUUGCUACAUCCCGGCCACAGCCAGUAAUAGCAACAUUGAUAAAGAUAUUGAUAUGAUGACCACCCCGCCGGCGCCUCUACCCACAUUUGGGUCCAUGGUUGGGGCUCUGAAGGUGUCCCUGGCACAAGUCCUGAUUUCAUACUACGCCUUUGCUGGCGAGGUGGUUGUCAACUCCGCUGGCGAGCCCGAGCUCCUUUGUAACAACUCUGGCGUCGACUUCAUCGAAGCUUUCGCUGACAUCCGCCUCCAUCACCUCAACCUCUAUAAUCCUGAUGAUUCCGUUGAAGGCAAACUUGUACCCUCCAAGAAACGUGGCGUACUUGCUGUUCAGGCAACAGAAUUCAAGUGCGGCGGACUGGUAGUGGCGUGCACGUUUGAUCAUCGCAUAGCGGAUGCCUACUCGGCCAACAUGUUCCUCUCAUCAUGGGCAGAGAUGUGCCGCUCGUCCUCCAUCUCCGUCCACCCAACCUUCCGCCGCUCUCUCCUAUAUCCUCGACACCAGUCAACCUCUAAUUAUCACCUGGACCCAGCCAUUGACGACAUGUAUGUGACCCUUUCCAAUCUGUCCACUCCUCCUCCCCCUCCCGAGAGCCCAUUAUUAACAGCUGAUGUGGGCGAGGACCAACUUGUGAGCCGCAUCUACUAUGUGCCUGCGGACCAGCUCAGGCAGCUCCAGCUGGCCGCCAGCUCCAAUGACUGCAAGAGGACUAAGCUAGAGUCCUUUAGCUCCUUCCUCUGGAAGAUGGUGGCCCAGUCCUCCUCAUUCCGCUCAGAAGACCACCCAGCUAGCAGCAGCAAUCCCAGGAUGUCAUUAACUUCAAAGAUGGGGAUCGUGGUGGAUGGGCGGACCAAGCUGCGCGGAGACUUGAGCUCCUACUUUGGGAAUGUCCUGUCCAUCCCAUUCGGGGAGAAGAGUGUGUCCGAGCUAGCUGGGAAGCCUCUUAGCUGGAUAGCUGACGGAGUCCACGAGUUCCUCCAGGCUGCAGCCACUGAGGAGCACUUCUUGGGGCUGAUAGACUGGGUGGAAGCUCACCGCCCGGAGCCGAGCCUGGCUAGGAUCUACUGCAAGGGGACUGAAGAUGGCCCCGCUUUCGUGGUGUCGUCCGGUCAGAGGUUCCCUGUGGCCGAUAUUAACUUUGGGUGGGGGAGGCCCGCGUUCGCGUCAUACCAUUUCCCAUGGGGAGGGGAUGCCGGCUACGUUAUGCCUAUGCCCAGUCCACUUGACAAUGACGAUUGGAUUGUCUACAUGCACCUCCCCAAAUGGCAGCUCCUCUCCAUUGAGAUGGAGGCUGCUCAUGUCUUCAGGCCUUUGACCUUCCAUUACCUAAUUAAGCCAUAAUAGUACGUAUAUAAAUAAAUAUAUACUAUUCAUCAGCUUGGAGGAUCAUCGAUCCUACCUGUAUGUGAUGUAAUGUUGGUACAUAGCACUAUCGCAGUGCAAGCGUCGUCCUAUAGUGUGCAUAUAGUUGUACUUUGCCAACAACCCAGCUUGUGAACCACGGUAAUAUAAUUUCUUUUUAUCCACAUA